AUUGAACAGUAGAGGGACUGUUCAUGCAUUUCGCCCACUUCAGAAUCCCUGUUAAACUCCUCUUCUUGCUCUCUUCAAGAGAAUCGCCAACUCUUCUCCUCUCAUCACCACCAUCGUCGUCGUCGUCGGAGGAGGAGGUGGAGGAGAUCGGCGGAGGAGGAGGAGUCGGAGUCGGAGAGGAAGCAAUGCUUGGCGGCGGCGGCGUGUCGGCGGGAAGUACUUUUCCAGGAUUUACCAGAUUGUGCAAAGGUCUUGCUGUUAUACUUAUUGCUGGAUUUGUCUUGCUGCAAGUUUUGCCUUCAGCUCUCGCUUAUCUUGCACUUAUUCCUGCAAGGACCAUCCCAUUUGCAUGGAACCUGAUCACUGCUGGCUAUAUUGAGCAAUCGCUUCCAGGGGUGGUUGUUAGCACAAUAGGUCUUCUUUUCUGUGGAAAGUUUUUGGAACCGUUAUGGGGUGCAAAGGAGUUUGUGAAGUUCAUAUUUGUGGUGAACCUCUUAACUUCAGUUGCUGUCUUUGUUACUGCUAUUGCAUUGUACUACAUCACCACGGAAGAAAGAUACCUUUACACGCCUAUUUCGGGCUUCUACGGGGUCCUUGCAGGAUUCCUAGUUGGCAUUAAGCAAAUAAUGCCUGAUCAAGAAUUACUAAAGAUCAAAGCGAAGUGGGUACCAUCUCUUGUCAUACUGUUCGCAGUGGCCAUAAGCUUCUUCGUAGCAGAAUCUCUAUCUUACCUGCCAACACUGUUGUCUGGCUUUUACAUGAGUUGGAUCUACCUUCGUUACUUCCAAAAGUACCCAGAAACGAGCCUUAAGGGAGACCCAAGUGAUGAGUUCUCCUUCUCAAGCUUCUUCCCUGAGUUUUUGCGGCCAAUCAUUGAUCCAAUUGCUUCAAUAUUCGAUAAGAUUUUUUGUGGAAGAAGAUCUGAAGGUUCUGUCGAAUCGAGAGGUUACACCAUGGGUGAUACGCCUCUUCCUGGUUCGGAUCCUAUUGAAGCAACCAGGAGAAGAGAACGAGGUGCGAGGGCAUUGGAGCAGAGAUUAGCUGCUGAGAAGUUAUCCGGAGCCAGAAGCUCGGAAGGAGUAUUGGGCGAAGAUGCCACCGCGAACGUCUGAAGCUGAUAUCUCUUUUGUGGAUCUGUUCAUUCUGCACCCGCGUAUCUCGUGAGGUAGUUCUUUUCGUCUGUAAUUUUUUUCAUCCUUUUUGAAGGACUAGAAAUACAUGGAAUUACAGAUGAUCAUUCAGUCUCAGCUUAGUGGAAUUACUAAAAAUGCAACCUUGUUCUUUUAUGCAGACCUUCCUUGUGACAACUUGAGCCUUCUUCUAUGUGUUGUUUUAGUUGCAUUUUUUUUCUUUUCUUUUUUUUGUAGGUAAAAACAUGUUUACCUUACUUGAGCUAUUAUUGUGUAUUUUGAAAUAGGCAUCAGAACUUUUACAAUUUUGAUCCUUUGAACAUUAGAACUUCAGUUCUCUCAACUUUUUGGUUUUGAUUUAAGUACCUCUCAAGUCUCCAUCAGAACUUGGAUGCUAUUUUUGAGAAGUUCAAUUCUUAAACAAGUUCAAAUGAUGAAUGAAUUGUAUUCAA